UGGAUGUUUUCCCCCACCAGAUGUGUGAGGAUUUGAUUUUUAAAUUGGUUGGUCAUGAGCUUGAAGAUAUAUCUAUACUCGAUAUUAAGCCUUGGGUAAUGCAUGCUGAAGUUGCUGAGAAGUUUUUGUCCUUUGAAAACCAAGUUUUUCUAGCUGGUGAUGCCGCUCAUCGUUUUCCUCCAGCCGGUGGAUUUGGCAUGAAUACUGGGAUUCAGGAUGCUCAAAAUCUUGCUUGGAAGCUGGCUGCAGUUGUCAACGAUUGCCAUAUUUAACACUGCACUCAGUGUUCAGAACUUCAGAGCAGCCAUGGAAGUCCCUGCUGCCCUUGGACUUGACCCUACAGUUGCAAAUUCAGGUGCUCAAACUUCAAUUGACUCGACAUUCCCAACCAACUACUUUUAACUUCCUUAUUCGUCAUUUUUCUA